AUGAAGUUCUGGGCCUUCGUGGCGCUUGCCGCCUCCGUUGCCGCCAUCCCCUUCGAGGGCGGUACGAUACACAAACGCGCCGGUGGGAGAAUUCACAUCGGAUAUCGCAUCGUCUCAAAGGAAGAAGCCGACGCCAUCAACGCAAAUGGUGGCAAAGCCGUGCAAUCUCGCGGCACCAUGGGCCGUCAGCUUGGGACAGGGACCUAUAUCUCGCCCGCUUUCCACGACUUCCCUGACUACGACCCAUCCAAAGGUUAUCCCUGGGACUGCGCCGUGACUGUUGACGCCACCGCGUGGGCAGGCCUCAGGAAGGCCUGGAUCCCCAAGAUGUUUGAGUUCCCUGAGGACAAGGAGAAGAACCCGGAUAAGUGCAAGCCACUGGCACUGUGGACACCGCGAUGGGUUGCAAACCGCAAGCGCUUCCUCAAGUAUCUUGAUCCCACCUCAACACCCGAGAAUACGGUGCUCUUCUCGGUGGUGCUUGGGCACGAGGAAAAGCGGCAGGCCCUGAUCCCACCGGCGAUCAUUGACAGCGUUGACGUGUAUCUCGCCCAGUGUGCCGAGCGGGCGCCGGACUCGGUGUCGAACGCUCAGAUUGGUCAGUUGGGGACGGUGGAUUGGGGAGUGGAGGAUAUGAAGGGCUGGGGUUUGGGAGUGGAGGGGUAG